AUACAAGCAGUGAGGUUGUGUUGGUACGUCGAACUGUCACAGAAAGCAAAAUAAGUAUUUUCGUGAAGAGCAAAACUAUCAAGCACAAAUUCAUUUCAUUGUUUGGUGUGAAUCAGCUUAGAAAAUGUCAUCGCCGAGUGCAGGAAAACGUCGCAUUGAUACUGAUGUCAUAAAAUUGAUAGAAAGUAAACACGAAGUCACCAUCAUCGGUGGUUUGAAUGAGUUUUGCGUCAAAUUCUUCGGUCCAAAAGGCACUCCGUAUGAAGGCGGUGUUUGGAAAGUUCGGGUUCACCUACCAGACAAUUACCCAUUCAAGUCGCCAAGUAUAGGAUUUAUGAACAAAAUCUUUCACCCAAAUAUCGAUGAAGUGUCAGGCACUGUUUGUUUGGAUGUUAUUAAUCAAACCUGGACUGCACUAUACGAUCUAUCGAAUAUUUUCGAACAAUUUCUGCCGCAGCUGUUAACAUAUCCAAAUCCGCAGGAUCCGUUAAAUAGUGAGGCGGCCGCACUAUUUCUUCACACACCAGAUGAUUACAGUAAACGGGUGUCCGAUUAUGUCAAGCGUUUUGCUACCGAAGAAGCCUUACGCGAACAAACAGAAAACGAAAGUUCGGACAGCGAAUCGAGCAUGUCUGAUUUUAGUGAAAAUGUUGCCGAAGACAUGGAACUGUAACGUAAAACAGUUAACCAACAAUUUUUGUGUUGCGUGUGUGAAGCGAAUGUGUCUACUGUCAUUGACUUUCGUUUAAAAGCAACCAAUUAAGUUGAUACCUUCGAUGAUAAUCUUAAGACAACAACAUCAACACUCAAACUAAAGCAAAACAUCAACAAAACAAAUGAUAUAUGGAACCCAAAUCAUGGAACCUUAAUUGUAAUACACUUUUUUUCUGUUUAUUUUGCGCUUCUUUCACUUUGAAACAAAUUAUAGCCAGUCCUUUUUCUAGUAGUUUAAUUAUCGGUAAUAAUAUUAAUGAGUUGUACAUUUCAUA